AUGAGUAGAGGAGGACGGCCACGCGGUUCAACGAGAGGUGGCGGAGGAAACCGAGGUAAUGGCAACUCAUCGGUUGACGUUCCCCAAAAGUCGAUCUCACAACAACAAACAGCUCAACUGAAAUCCGAGUUCUCGAUUGCUCCUUUGGUUCUCGAAGGUCUAUCGUCAACAAGGAUUGAGCUUAACAAAUUGAUCGUGACUCAAUUACCUGAAGAGAAACUUUCCGACAUUCAACUCAAUCGAAACAACGGCUCUUUCACGCUAUAUGCCGCUGAUGUUAAAUCGUUUAAUCUCCUACUGAACGGCGCCUCGAAAUUAAGGACGGGCAGUGAACAAGCAACAAUUCGUAUUCCUCGAUCGAUCCAACGCAUUCUCAACAUGGAUAAAGACGCUUUUGUUAAGAACGUUGAUCUAGACAUCGAAGAUGACGACAUCCGAACAGAGCUAUCAAAAAAUGGCUUUAACGUCGAAAAAUUAAGUCGUCUACAAAAGAGAGGCAACACGGUCCAACUCGAACAGUAA